AUGUCAGGCAAGCCAACCGACGCCCCACCAGCCUACUACGCAGGCCAGGGCCCCGAGGCCCCAAAGCCCACCUACGACGCCCAGCAGCAGCAGCAGCAGCAGCAGUACCCACAGCAGGGCUACUACCCGCCACCGCAGGACGGCGGAUACUACCAGCAGCAAGGAAUGGGCUACGGCCCGCCGCCGGGACAGUACGGCCAACAACCCUACGGGCAGCAGCAGCAGCCGUACGGCCAGUACCCCCCGCAGCAGGGCGGCUACUACCAGCAACCACCCUACGGCCAGUACCAGGACAACCGCGGCAACAGGGGGCCGGGCAUGCUCGAGGGCAUCAUGGCGGCGCUGUGCUGCUGCUGCUGCCUGGACAUCCUCAUCUAA